UGAAUCCGUUUUCUGACUGUUGUUAGCCUUUUAUCUGUGAAUGAAAGUCUGUCGACCUUAGAACAGCUCUCAGUAGAAGGACUUUGGCUUUUAAGACACCAAAUAAUGAAAGUCAUUUUAAGUUUUGCUGUGGUCUUCAUUCUUUCUCAGGCUCAGGAGAUAUCUACGGAAGAGAAGACCUGUCUGCCGAGGUUCAAAUCAUAUGUGUUCGUGUUUGUGGUGAACAAUAGGUCAGUAAGACAGAAUCAGACUCUUGGCAAAGUGAGAUUUAACAUAUGUGCAGAAAGUGAUCCAGGCCUAAAAACGAAUGACCACCGUUUCCAAGUGCAUGAAGAUGGAACUGUCUCAGCUACUAUGGACUUCAGAUUUAGCAGACUUUGGGACUAUUUCCAUAUCUUCCCACAGGGUUCUCUAGACAAGGCUUUAUCUGCCACAGUUGUAAUACUCGUGAGUGAACAUCUGGAUCUGGAAGUAACUAGGGAGUCUGACCUUACUUCUGAGUCACAAAAGGAACUUCCAGUAUUGACAUUCCCUAAACAAGGACUGGGAUACAGGAAACAGAAAAGGGACUGGAUUACUCCUUCAAUAAGCAUCUAUGAAAAUAAGGGGACUCAACUUCCAAUGCGACUGGGUCAGGUUAAAUCUAGUAGAGCCAAAGAGACUCCUGUGACUUAUAGCAUCACUGGACAGGGUGCUGACCAAGACCCAAAGGGGAUCUUCAUAAUUAACAAGACUACUGGAUGGUUAAGUGUUACUCAGCCCCUCGACAGAGAAACUAAAUCAUUUUACAAUCUGAUGCUCUAUUCUGUUGGUUCACAUACUGGGGAAUUGGUGGAGGAGCCUAUGGAAUUGAUUAUUAAUGUAAUUGACCAGAAUGACAACCGCCCUGAAUUCACUCAGGAGGUCUUCGAAGGGUGUGUGCCUGCAGGGGUGCCACCAGGUACGCCUGUGAUGACCAUAACGGCUACAGAUGCUGAUGACCCUGAGACCGACAAUGCUAGGCUUGGUUACUCCAUUGUGAGACAGGAACCAGAAUCACUAAAAAUGUUUACAGUCAACGAAGACACUGGAGUCAUCAGCACAAUUAUUUCAGGGCUCAACAGAGAGUACAUAAGCAUGUAUACGCUCAUUGUUCAAGUGGCAGAUAUGGGAGGGGAAGGCUUAAUCAACACAGCAACAGCCGUUAUCCAUGUUACAGAUGGAAAAGUCAGUGACUGUGACCAUACUCCCAAUAAGGUGUUACACUCAGUUGAGCUGACAGCAUAUGCACAAGACAAAGAUUCCGGAACUCCUGCAAGCAACCUGUCCAUCACAGUGUACAGGUCACAUGAUCGUACCACUCAGAAAUGGAAUCUUAAAGGAAAAGGGGUCACUGAUUCUACAGGCCAUAACUAUGGACUCUUAACUCCAGGAAUCUACUCAGCAGGAAUCUACAAGAUGAGAUUUGAAACUGGAGAAUACUGGAGAAGGCAAGGUCGGACCACUUUAUAUCCUUUCAUUGAGAUUGCAUUUUUAGUCACUGAACAAGCUCAAAAGAUCCAUAUUCCCCUUCUGUUUAAUGCCACAUCAUACUCCACAUAUGAAGCCACUAAGCCACAGACAAAACCACAGCAAUGAAGGAGACUGAACACAAGACAUCAGACGUUCUGUGAAACCUCAAUUCACUUUUUGUGUUAUUAUAAGUAACAAACUAAAAAUGAAGUUAAUGUAUGCAUUUAAUAAACGUGCAGAAUUUUCACGUUAGUGUACAACAUGAUUAAUAAAAUCCAAAAAAUAGACACCUGAUGAAGCAUUCAGUGAAAGCGCUUGUGUAUCGUUAAAGCAGUCGGUAUUAUAAGAAGCUGGGGCCUUGUCUUUGCUGCUUUGUUCUUUUUUGGAUUUGCAUUAGUUUUCUGCGAGGACACCUGGUUAUAGUUGGACUGUUUUUUGCAUUAUGAUUAAUAAAAUGUCUAAAAGCUAA